AUGACCAUGGGCUCCUACGUGCCACCCAUCCCAAACAAACCAUGGAUUGAGACACCACUCGUUGAGUCGACCGCUCUCUCCCUCUCAGCCAAUUGCCGUAUCUUUCUCAAACUCGAGCUUCUCCAGCCCGCCGGCUCCUUCAAAUCCCGCGGCAUGGGCAACCUCAUCCUAGAGCAUAUCAAACAUGCCUCCGCCCAAAGCUCCUCCCACAAACCCCUACACUUCUACUCUUCCUCCGGCGGCAAUGCAGGACUCGCAUGCGUCAUCGCCGCACGAUCACUAGGAUACAAAGCCUCUGUCGUAGUCCCCAUGACCACCAAACCAUCCAUGAUCGCCAAACUCCAAGCCGCUGGGGCCACGUCCGUGAUCCAACACGGCGAAAGCUGGCACUACGCUGACGCUCAUCUCCGCAACCACAUCCUCAACCAUCCCCAAGCCAAAACCGAAGAAGCAGAAGAAGAGGGCAUCUACAUCCCACCCUUUGACCACCCGGCCGUCUGGGCCGGCGCCUCAACCAUAAUCUCCGAGCUCCAACACCAACUAUCGGACAACCAACCUCCGGACGCCAUCAUCCUCAGCGUCGGAGGCGGCGGUCUCUUCGCCGGCAUCAUGCUCGGCCUCGACCAAGCCCAAGAUGAAGCAUGGUCUCACGUCCCCGUCCUAGCCGUCGAAACAGACGGCGCGGACUCUCUCGCCCAAUCUCUCCAGGCCGGAGAGCUAAUCACCCUCCCCGGGAUCACGAGCAUCGCCAAGUCCCUCGGCGCGAUCCGCGUCGCGGACCAGGCCUUCCAGUACGCGCAGAGGCCGAACGUGAAGAGCGUGGUUCUUGACGACGCGGAGGCGGUGAUGGGGGUCUGCAGGUUGGCGGAUGAGGAGAGGUUGCUGGUGGAGCCGGCCUGCGGGGUCUGUGUUGCGCUGUGUCAUGAAGAUAAGCUGAGGGAGGUGGUCAAGGGGUUGGGUCCGCAGAGCAGGGUCGUCGUCGUGGUCUGUGGCGGGUGCGAUGUCGAUGUCGGGAUGGUGGUGAGGUGGAGGGAGGAAUAUGCGCAGCGGUUUCGGGAGUUGAGAGGGGGUUACCUAAUGGGAAAGGGACGGGAGGGGACAGAUUGA